UAAAUAAAAUUCGUAUCGAGCUGUUCUUGUCUUCGUUUCUUUUUGAUCGCGGUUCGCUGAGUUCCGUUAUGCGAGUUUAACGGAUUUUGCUCUGUUCUACAUAGCCUCGGUUCGACGAUGCGUUAGAGUGAGACAAAUGCUUGUCCUGUGGUGAGUUCGGACCAGCAUGUAUCAAGCGAGAUGGAGCGAUGUUGAAAUGUACACGAGGCACUUAUGUUUGAAAACUCUGAGAAAGCAGACGCGUGAAUAUGUCGCAACCGAGGAAGUGUACGACUCGCGGGCGGAUCGCGGCAACAGAGGACCCCGAAACAGUUAACUUCCCGACAUCAGAAGUGGGAUCGCCUCAGCCCCAAGCCAUCACUAAUGAUCGCCUGUCCACAAUUUUGGAAAUGCAGCAUCGUAAUCUAUUGGAAAUUGUGAAUGCCGUGAGGGGCUCGCAGACUACACAAGUAGUUGUACUACCCAAGUUCAACCCUGAGUCCGCCGGUUCAAGUGCAGCCACUUGGUGCUCUACAGUGGACCUUAUUGUAGGAGAAAAUCCUCUGGAUGGCAGUGCUUUGCUCAUGGCCUUAACCAAAUCAUUGGAGGGCAGUGCUUCUAAUUGGCUGUCACAAAUUUGUUUCGCCGGAAUGACUUGGAGCCAAUUCCAAGAAAUGUUCCUUCAGCAGUAUGAAGGCAAUGAGACGCCAGCAGCAACAGUCUUUAAUGUAUUAAACGGGCGGCCAAACGACGGCGAAUGUCUUGCGCUGUAUGGUAGCCGAUUAAUAACAACACUUAUGGCAAAAUGGAAGUCUAUGACCGCAGAAGAAAUUGCAGUGUCUGUUGCCCUGGCACAUGCUGCAAAUAUAGAUGGUAGGCUGCAACGCACUGUGUUCACAACUACUGUCAAAACACGCAACGAGUUGCAGAACGAGCUAAGAGCGUUUUCGUAUGGCAAGAGGAAGGACCAUCCCGUUCCAGAAAAUUCUACCAGCAAAAGAGCUCGCCUACACCCAAAUGUUAAGUGCCACUUUUGUGGAAAAAUUGGCCACAAGAUAGCUGACUGCCGCUCCGUGAAAAACAACUUAAAGAAUCAACAAGGAUCUAGUUCGAGUAUUGGGCGCUUAUCUGACUCUAAACCUGGGUCAAUUACUUGCUAUAGAUGUGGAAACCAGGGGCAUAUAGCGUCAGCUUGCCCUGCAAGACAAUCGUUGUCAAACCAAACUAAAGCCGACGAGAAGCGUGUCAACGUGUGUCACGUAGUCGAGCCAAUUGGGACAUUGAUAUCAUCGGAUUAAGCUUGUUUAAUUUUGAAACUUAUGUUACACACGAGGACGUGUGCUGGUCAGGAAGGCCGUGUCGCAUCAUUAUUAGUCUUAUUUUUAUUUUCUAUGUUCCAUCUCUAAUAAACAUGUCACCUCUAAUAAAUAAAAUUCGUAUCGAGCUGUUCUUGUCUUCGUUUCUUUUUGAUCGCGGUUCGCUGAGUUCCGUUAUGCGAGUUUAACGGAUUUUGCUCUGUUCUACAUAGCCUCGGUUCGACGAUGCGUUAGAGUGAGACAAAUGCUUGUCCUGUGGUGAGUUCGGACCAGCAUGUAUCAAGCGAGAUGGAGCGAUGUUGAAAUGUACACGAGGCACUUAUGUUUGAAAACUCUGAGAAAGCAGACGCGUGAAUAUGUCGCAACCGAGGAAGUGUACGACU